UCGAAGGUUUGGCAACGGCGAUGCGUGUGAAGAGAGACGGCUAGGGUGUGGAGUAGCACCACUGAAGUGCACCAGUCGUUCGUAUCAUUUUCCGAAUUCUUUACUGUGGCUCUGGUGAAUGACGAUCAUAGCAUGCAAUGACUUUGCACCAGUGGAUACAUCAUCCGCUUUAGUUUAUUUGCUUGCUUUAUUAAUUUUUUCCGUUUGAAAUGAAUGGCAUGUGCAUUUUGCGAGGCUACUUGAUGUGCCAUCGGGAGUGAGUGGUUUUGGCAAUAUGUGUCGCUGGAAUAUGGUAUGCACUCGCAAGGCUUAUGGAAUAUAGCCUGGUUUGUCACAAUCUGUAUGCGCUCUCAUUCAGCCCGGUGAAAAAUAAAGUAUUUCUGCUCGGCAUCAUGUUUUUACUCUGGGUAUACAUGCUCUACUCCUGCGUGGGCUACUGUGCCACCAUGCCAAGUUUGGUCGUGGACAAUUACCGGGGAAAGGAGACAGGGUCUAUGGUCGGUAAAAGGAUAGAGAAUAACGGCAGAGUGGACCUCAUGUCCAGACUGCUCCCRAGACCCCAACCCUGGGUGGAUAUAGAAUCCGAUUACGACGAACCCUCUGUCCGGACCUCCUCCAGAGACUUGCUCAAUAACGAUAUAGACGCGUACAGAGGAGCAGAAGACUGGGACGAGAUGAGGGGCGAGGGGCAGAGAGCUCCUGAGCCCGGUGCGAUGUCAAGUUUCUCCAACGGAUCAGGGAGCAAGAAGCUUCCCCAGGCGAUCAUCAUCGGUGUAAAGAAAGGAGGGACGCGCGCGCUGCUCGAGUUCCUCCGCGUGCAUCCAGACAUCCGAGCUGUGGGAGCCGAACCGCACUUCUUCGACCGCAACUACGAGAAUGGACUGGAGUGGUACAGGUGAAUGAAUCUACAUUAU